GUGUUUCCAUUGCAGCUCCAGAUGAUCAUUCGUCAUGUAGCAACUGGUCCCAAAUUAACUCCGCUUUGAAAUAUUGCAAAGAAGCCUUGCACGAUGCAGAAAUGGCCUGCAGGCUCCAGCCAUCCUGGGCAAAGAGCCACUUGUGGAAGGGACAGGCCCUGGCCAACCUUGGGAAAACGGAAGACGCUUUGCAUGAAUUUUUGUUCUGCCUUACUUUGGAGAGUGGAAAUCGGACGGCCAAAUUGGAAGCUCAAAGGCUUCUCCUUAAUUUAUUUUCACGGAUCCCGGCCAACACUCAAGAGAACUUGCCUGACAUCCUGCAGCAGUUGUCUCGCCACUCCCAAUUGAAAGGGGAUCUUUUAAAUCCAGUGGGAUCUGGAGGCUUCCUCCACAGCCUACAAGGUUUACUCAAGGGAAAUGUGGAUCAAGAUAAGAAUAUCUCUGUCCAGGAAGGACUGAAAAUAACUGAGAACUUGGGAAGAUCCACCCAGAGAGGAGGCUCGGAGGAGAACAACCGUGGCUCUCCGGCUGAAGAAUCCAACCUCCCCAUCGCCGAGAAAUGCAGACUUCUCAAACGGAGGCACUGCUCGGAAGAGGGGCCAAAUACAGGCCCACCCAGCAAAAUAGUCAAAAGGGAUGCAACUCUUGAAAAGGGAUCUAAUCCUGGGAACAGCAUUCAGGUUGAAUUUCUGGAUCCAUCGGACCUGGAGUGCUCUCUAUGCAUGAGGCUCUUCUACGAACCGGUCACCACCCCUUGCGGACACACUUUCUGCCUGAAAUGCCUCGAAAGGUGCCUGGAUCACAACCCCAAGUGUCCACUCUGCAAUGAGGAUCUCACCGAGUAUUUGGCAAGAAGGAAACAUUGCAAGACGGUGCUGAUUGAGGAACUCAUUGCAAAGUACCUUCCGGAGGAGCUCAAGGAACGGAGGAAACUCUAUGAAGAGGAGAUUGCAGAGUUUUCCAACUUGAACAAGAACGUCCCCAUCUUUGUCUGCACCAUGGCCUACCCCACGGUCCCCUGCCCUCUGCACAUCUUUGAGCCGUGCUAUCGCCUGAUGAUCCGGAGAUGCAUGGAGACGGGGACCAAGCAGUUCGGCAUGUGCACCGGGGACCCUGUCAAGGGGUUUGCGGAAUACGGCUGCAUCUUGGAGAUCAGAAAUGUGGAAUUCUUUGCCGACGGGCGGUCAGUGGUCGACAGCAUUGGCAAGAGGAGGUUUAAAGUGAUCCAGCACAGCCAGCGCGAUGGAUACAACAUGGCAGACAUUGAGUACAUUGAAGAUCAACCGGUGCAAGGAGAGGAAUACGCCGAGCUGAUUGUCCUUCACGAUUCCGUAUAUGUCCAAGCCUAUGCCUGGUUUGAUUCCCUCAAGCCGGUGCUCAAGAGCCGUAUCCUCAGUCACUUUGGACCAAUGCCUGCUAAAGAUUCAGAUCCACAGGCCAACCCCAAUGGGCCUUCCUGGUGCUGGUGGAUCCUGGCUGUGCUGCCUUUGGAGAGCCGAGCUCAGCUCCCGUUCCUGGCCAUGACUUCCCUGAAGGAGCGCCUCAACGGCAUCAAGCGCGUCUUGGCCUUCAUGUCGCGUUCGAGGUCUCGACGAUGACAACAAGGAUCCAAAAGGAACCGUCUUAUGCUGCCAGAGUGCUUGAGCAUCUCUCUCCGCUGACUCCGUUGCAGAGAUGACGACGACAACAGCCGUGCCAAAGGCCGAAGCCGAGGAGUUGUGGGAACGAAACCUUUUUGCUUGCGGUGUACCUUUCAUUUGGUUUGCCUAAGCCAAGUUCAGCCUUGUAGGUGUGGAUGGACCCUACAUCGAGCUGCAAUCAUGUUUACAGAGAAGUGAUUCGGAGAUGGAAACGGGCGCAUCUCUUUCCGUCUGCACCAUGAGCACCAUAGAAGUCCUUCAAAAGGUGUUGAGAGAGAGAAAUGCAGGAAAUGUCUUGGAUCUGAACUUCAAGCGCAGUUCAAUCGCAGCCUUAAUGCUCUGGAGUCGGUUCUUCAACGGCCGCACCGUUGUGUCGAAGCUUGGGCGUGUGUGUGUUCACUUUCUUGCCUAUUGAGAGAACAAAGACAGAAAUGAACAUCAACCUUUUUUGGGAAGACUUUUCUCUUUCUUUGACUUUUCAGGAGAAACUGCAUUGAAAUCUGAUGUAAGGUGGACGCUCCCUCUUGUCUUUCCUUCCUCAUUCCCUCCCUCUUUCUCCUUCCAUCCUUCCCUUCCUCCCUUUCAUCCUUCCUUCUCUCUUUCCUCCCUCUCUCCCUCUGACUCCUCCCAUUCUUCCUUCCCUUUUGUCUUUCCUUCCAUCUCGCUUGCUUUUAUCCUUCCCUUCCUACCUUCCAUCCUUCUCUUCCUCCUUUCCUUCCUUCCCUUUUGUCUUUCCUUCCUUCUGUUUCCUUU